AAGAGCGGAACGAGAAAUUCGCAGGGAAAAAUCUCUCCUCUCCUCUCCUCUCCUAUCUUCUUCCUCCCACCCACCCCCGAUCCGCCCUCGCCGUCGCCGCCGCGAAACCCUAGGGAGCCGUCGCCAUGGCCGCGGCCGUGCUCCUCCGCCGCAUCCCCGCCGCGCGGGCCCCGGCCACGGCGCUCAUCGCGGCCCGCUCGAUCUCCGAUUCCACGGCGCCGCUCACCAUCGAGACCUCCGUCCCCUUCACCUCCCACAUCGUCGACCCGCCGUCGCGCGACGUCACCACCACCCCGGCCGAGCUCCUCACCUUCUUCCGCGACAUGUCCGUGAUGCGCCGGAUGGAGAUCGCCGCCGAUUCCCUCUACAAGGCCAAGCUCAUCCGCGGGUUCUGCCACCUCUACGACGGCCAGGAGGCCGUCGCCGUCGGCAUGGAGGCCGCCAUCACCCGCUCCGAUUCCAUCAUCACCGCGUACCGCGAUCACUGCACCUACCUCGCCCGUGGCGGCGACCUAGUCUCCGCUUUCGCCGAGCUCAUGGGCCGCCAGGCUGGGUGCUCCCGCGGGAAGGGCGGAUCCAUGCAUUUUUACAAGAAGGACGCCAAUUUCUAUGGCGGGCAUGGUAUCGUCGGUGCUCAGGUUCCCCUUGGAUGCGGUCUCGCCUUUGCACAGAAGUACAGGAAGGAGGAAACUGCUACGUUUGCCCUCUAUGGUGAUGGUGCCGCGAACCAAGGUCAGCUCUUUGAGGCCCUAAACAUAUCGGCCCUUUGGAAGCUGCCAGCCAUACUGGUCUGCGAAAACAACCACUAUGGGAUGGGAACGGCUGAGUGGAGGGCAGCAAAGAGCCCCGCUUACUACAAGCGUGGUGAUUAUGUGCCUGGAUUGAAGGUUGAUGGAAUGGAUGUUCUUGCUGUGAAGCAGGCUUGCAAAUUUGCAAAAGAACAUGCUAUUACAAAUGGCCCAAUUGUUCUUGAAAUGGAUACCUACAGGUACCAUGGUCAUUCUAUGUCAGAUCCUGGAAGCACUUACCGCAGCAGGGAUGAGAUCUCAGGUGUAAGACAGGAGCGUGAUCCAAUUGAAAGGGUUAGGAAGUUGAUCUUGGCUCAUGACCUAGCAACUCCUGCUGAGCUCAAGGACAUGGAGAAAGAAAUCAGAAAAGAAGUCGAUGAUGCCAUUGCGAAAGCAAAGGAGAGUCCUAUGCCUGAUACUUCUGAGCUCUUUACGAAUGUAUAUGUCAAGGGUUUUGGAGUGGAUUCAUUUGGAGCAGACAGGAAGGAAUUGAGAGCAACACUUCCAUAGGCUGACAACGAGAAGAUGGCGACAUUAUUUCUUCUAAUAUGAUAUGAUAGCCUGGAGAAAUAAGCAUUGGUGAAGAAGUCCUCAGGCAUUUCUGCCAUUCUUUGUUGCAAAAAUGAACCUGUACAGAGAUGCGUUGUCAGGAAGAAUCGCACCAUAUUUGUUUUUGCUUCUUUUCCACCCUUUUCUGCAAUUCAUCUAACCGCUGUUGUCAGGCUUCAAAUUCAAGCUUGAGACUUUGCCUGCGUGAUUGCUCUUUUUGGGAAGAAAAUAUUGAGAUUAUAACUUCUUGUGUG